UAUCAUUUAAUUACCACCAUGUCUCUAUGCUACAUUUCAUCCACAAGCCUCAAAAUACUCUUCUUUUUUACCCUCGUAACAACCAACCUCUUUUCUUGCCAAGCCAUAACCAAAGUAAACAUUUCCCUAGUCCACCACGGCUACCUCACGGUCGAUUACUACGCGAAAACAUGUCCUCAAGUCGAACAAAUUGUGGGCUUUGUCACUUCUACAAAAUUUAAAGAAUCUCCAGCUAUUGCUCCUGCCACAAUCCGACUUUUCUUGCAUGACUGCUUUGUUCAGGGGUGUGAUGGGUCAAUAUUGAUAUCAAGCAAGCCGGGAAGCAAAGAAUUGGCGGAAAGGGAUGCGCAGGAUAACAAGGAGAUACCGGUGGAGGCGUAUGAUGGCAUAGAAGAAAUGAAAGCAAUGGUAGAGAGCAAAUGCCCUGGUGUUGUGUCUUGUGCUGAUAUAUUAGCAAUUGCAGCCAGAGACUAUAUUCAUCUGACAGGAGGACCUUAUUAUCAAGUGAACAAAGGCAGGUGGGACGGACGAACGUCAAUGGCCAAAUUAGUUUACUCAAACAUUCCCCACGCAAAUUCCACAAUUAACGAUCUCCUCAAACUUUUUGCAUCAAAAGGUUUAACACUUAAUGAUCUCGUGGUCCUAUCGGGAGCCCAUUCGAUCGGAUUCGCGCAUUGCAAAAACUUUGUCAACCGUCUUUAUAAUUUUCAAGGCACAAACAAGCCUGAUGUUGAUAUGGAUCCAAGACUUCUCAAAUCCCUUAGAAUGUCUUGUCCACAAUUUGGAGGAAAUAUUGGUGUGGUUGCACCUUUUGAUGCCACUACUCCUUUUAUUUUUGACAAUGCAUAUUACCAAAACUUGCAAGAUAAAUUGGGCUUGUUGGUAACUGAUAAAGCAUUAUUUUUUGACCCGAGAACUAAACCUUUGGUUCAAGAAUUGGCUAAGGAUAAAAAUAAGUUUUUACAAGAGUUUUCAUUGGCUAUGGAGAAGUUGGGAAAUGUUGGAGUUAAAAGAGGAAAGAAACAUGGUGAGAUAAGAAAAGUUUGCAAUAUGCAUUUAUAAGUUAUCAUGUCCAUCUCCCUUUGAAGUAAGAGUGGACGUGAUGGUUGGGGUCGUCGGUAACGUCAUGCCGAAUGACGUAUUGAUUUUCGGUGCCGUCUAUUGUCGUUUCAACAAAGGUUAAAUUAUACAAUUAAAGUCGUCCAACUUUAUUUGAUUUGAUUUAAUUUUUUUUAUUCUUAUCGGGUAUUGUGGGUUUAUUGGGGUUUAAUGGGUACAAAUUUUAGUGUAAGUUGUGUGUUGUUAUGUGGUUGUUAGAUGUGGAGGAUAACUUUGAUGUAGUAAUUGAUUGUUACAACUUACAAUGGCUCUAAAC